AGGAGAGAAGAGGGCGGCGGAGGUGGCUGGAAAAGUGGCCGCCGGCGAGCAAAACACCGGUGAUCGGAGAGUGGAGGAAGAUCAAGCAUAUGGGAGGGUACUGGAAUGAGAGUAUAAAGAGACCUGAGAAGAUUCUCUUCUUAAAGUAUGAAGAGAUGAAGAAAGACACAAGAGGACAGGUCAAGAAAUUAGCUUCAUUCCCUGGAAAGCCUUUUGUUAAUGAAGAAGAGGUAGAUAAGAUAUUAUGGAGGUGCAGCUUGGAAAGGCUGAAGAAUUUGGAAGUCAACAAAUCGGGGAUAGACCCUUGGGAUGGAUUAGCUUACAAGACAUAUUUCAGACUUGGCAAUGUUGGGGACUGGAAGAACGAAUAA